AUGAUUUCCAAAAAGCUGUCACUACUAUUAUCGCUUUUCUGCGUUUUGCUGCCAUUAGUCACACCCAUAAGGGUAUCCACAAGCUAUGGAGAGGUGGAAGGGCUUGAGGAAUCGUACCCGAAUUCUUCUUUCAUAUACAAGUCAGUUAGCAAAUUCCUUGGAAUACCUUUCGCCGCUCCACCAGUUGGGGACCUAAGAAUGAAACCACCUAAAGAGCCAGCUUCAUGGAAACCAAAUGUUCGUCAAGCUAAACAGCACGGCAAUAUUUGCAUCCAAAAUAAGAUCUCUGAAUUUUAUGUGCGGAUGUUUACUCAAAAUUUUUCGUACGACGAAGAUUGUUUAUAUCUCGAUGUCUACACCCCGAACGUAAGCCAGCAUCUACCCGUGAUGGUUUACAUUCAUGGAGGAGCUUAUCAAUAUGGAAGUGCAAUAACAUAUCGCGGCGAUUAUUUAGCUUUGUACGGCGUGGUAGUAGUUGUAAUCCAAUACCGUCUCGGUGCAUUUGGCUUUUUGACGACCGGGGAUUCCAUUGCCCCUGGGAAUUAUGGAAUGUUAGAUCAAGUGGCGGCACUUCAGUGGGUCAAAGGAAACAUAAGAAAUUUUGGCGGGGACUCCGGUAAGGUGACUAUCUUUGGAUUUAGCGCUGGUGGAACAAGUGUGAGCCUCCAUCUAUUGUCCCCACUUUCUAACGGCCUCUUCCAACAAGCCAUUGCAGAGAGCGGAGUGGAUUUGAGUCCCUUUGCAAUUCAGCCGACUUCCUUUGGUCUCCACUUUGCCAAUAAGCUUGCUGAAAACCUGAAUUGUCCAACGAGCGACCACAGCAAAAUGAUGGCCUGCAUUCGUCAGAAAGAGGCAAAAGAGAUACAAGACGCCUCCAAUAAAAUACCGUUUAUAUUUCAGGAUUAUCGGCGCUGGGCCCCAGUUGUGGAUAAAAACUUUCUUCAUGACACCCCCCGGAGUCUUCGAAAUAAAGGAGAGUUUAAGAAAGCCAAGUUAAUGAUUGUUUUUACCAGUGGGGAGGCUGGAGCUGACAUGGCAUUUAUUGCAAAUCGGUCUUAUGGGAUGGUGGAAAGUGUAGACAACGGAGUGAGUCCAUCUUUCUUUAGGGAAUUUCUAACAAAGUUCGCGUAUGCGCGAAAUAUCAGGUAAGUUUAACUAUCUGCUAUAACUGCCAUUAUUUUUUUCACGAGAGCUUACAGACUUAGGCAAAUUCCUCAAGUAAAAUCGCAAGUGUGGAAAGGUGUUACAAUUUUUUUCUUAGAGCUUUUGAACGAAGAUAAAUCUUCUACAAGGUGUUUUUUCUAUGGUAGGUAAGGUUUCAUGAUUAUACACGGCAUGAAACUUUAAUGGCUUUGACAAGAUAAAUCUGCUUCAACAACCUUUCCUCGUCAAGCAACUUUUGACCUCUCUCCUGCGAAAGCAACGCGUGCAUGUACAUGAACGCCCUUUCGAUGUGUAUCUGCGCUUGUUGUAUUCAGCGGAUAUUUACGAGAGAGUUUUUGCUGAAGUAGCGGAGAGUAUCUUUGUCUAGUUUUAAUUUUUUUGGAAUAUAUUUAGCAAGCAAUCUUUCCUGGAAUAAAGAGGGUAAGUUUCUAAAAAAAACUGUGAUGCAGCGUCGGUGAGAUGUUACGAGAUAACUUGAUUUUAUCAACUGAAUCGAUAUUGUUUGUAGCUCGAGUGUUAGCCUUUCGUCGAAGCGAAUCGUGCACGUGCCAAGGAAAACUAGCUCGUGUAAAUGCCGCUAAAGAUAGAUAAAGAAUAGCCAUUUCGGAUUUCAGUAAGCUUUUACUGGCACUGAAAAUAAUUGACAUCUUUCGUUCCCUCAGAGAGCAGAAGGGCGACCUUAUAAGGGAUGCAUUGCAGUUUAUGUAUACCCCAUGGCCCGACAGAAGUGAUAAGUGCGCACUAAGAACCCAGCUUGUUGACCUCGUCGGUGACUAUUUCUACUACGCCCCAAGCCACGCAGUUGCCGACAUUCACAGCAACUAUGCCGAUGUUUAUAUGUACAUGUUUGAUUAUCAGCAAAGAAUACGCCCCUUUCACAAGGUGUGGCACGGGGUAAAACAUGGCGAUAAUGUCGGCUUCGAUUUUGGAAACCCUUUUAUGCCUCGUUUUGCGAAUUUGUUUCCGGACCAGUCGGACAAAGACGUCAGUUUGUUUAUCAUGACAUUGCACACAAACUUUGCCAAGCUCGGAAAUCCAACGCCCCAGCCAGUCAGCGGUGUUACGUUUGAGAGGUACAACUCCAGUCACAGGGCCUAUCUCCGGGUGGAUAAAAAAAUCCGAGAUGACGACUUCAUUUGCUCCUCGCCGGAUGUCGUUCUGGAACGAUUAUUAUCCAAAGCUUAUGGAAGUCCAGUUUGAAAAAGAGACAGUGGUAUAAUUAGUGAUGCUUGCACUGCCUCUGCCAUGGGAAAGUUUGUUCUCAAUGCGUUCGCUGUGUUUUUGAUGGCGCUGUUUUAAAGAAGAUUUUGCAAGGUCCGCGAGAAGCUCAUUUUUACAAAAGUUUCGUCUAAAGAUAGCGAACGGAAUGUAAAAAUCGUCAUGUGGGAGGAUGAUAGUCUUAAAAGCACGAGAAAGCAAAUUUGAAGAAGGAAUUAAUGAAAAUUUUAAUUCAGUACAAUCCAAACUAAUCCUUCAAAUUGACCAUAUUUCAAGACGCAACUACCGGGAAACUUUUACACUUUGUCUAAUAAAAAAUGAAUUUUGGGCUUAAUUUUCACAAAUUUCACUGGAUGAACCUAUCACUAAUGUAACCAAAAAAAGUGUUUGUUUGAUUUUCUUGUAACAAUUUCUUAUUGAGUUGUAAUAAAAAAAGAUGGGCCUUUUUCUUAUUCGGCCAUAACAGACCUCC